GUUUUGUUUUAUUUUUUAUAUACAUAUAUAUAUUUAUAUAUAUAUAUAUAUGUAUAUAUAUAUAUACAUAUAUAUAUAUAUACACAUAUACACACUUUAUAUACAUAUAUAUAUAAAUAAACACUUUGCAACUUUAUGCCACACGCUCGCAAAUACCAACGUGGUGUUUUCGCUUAACUUGACCUCGAGCUGCAAUUGUUCGCGUCGCAACAAAAGUGGACGACAAAUGGCUGGCUCGGCGCUGCGUCGCCUGAUGGCGGAGUACAAACAAUUAACAAUGGAUCCGCCAGAGGGCAUUGCCGCUGGACCCAUCAGUGAGGACAAUUUCUUUGAAUGGGAGGCGCUGAUUGCCGGACCCGAGGGCACCUGCUUUGAGGGCGGCGUUUUUCCAGCUCGUCUAGUUUUUCCACCCGACUACCCAUUAAGUCCACCAAAAAUGAAAUUCACUUGUGAUAUGUUUCAUCCAAACAUUUUUGCCGAUGGCCGCGUUUGCAUAUCAAUACUACACGCCCCCGGCGACGAUCCCAUGGGCUAUGAAUUGUCGGCCGAACGUUGGAGUCCAGUGCAGAGUGUCGAAAAGAUUCUAUUGAGUGUGGUCAGCAUGUUGGCGGAGCCCAAUGAUGAGAGUGGCGCCAAUGUGGAUGCAGCGAUUAUGUGGCGGGAGAGGAGGGACGAAUUCAAUCGCAUCGCACAGCGAUUAGUGCGCAAAACACUCGGUUUGUCAGCAUAAAACCUUGACUGAAGUGACUGGACAGACCCCGGAUUCACAUUAUCAGAGCCGUCACUCGUGUAAGAGCAGCCCCACGAGCCCCACAAAUCCUACUAUACUUUAUCACAAUCUUGAAAGGAAUCGAAACAAAAACUGAAUGCAAAUCCAUAAUUCCUCCCAUGUAUAUGUGUGUGUCUGUCUGUACGUGCGUGCGUGCGUGCGUGUGUGUGUAGGUGCGUUAGUGCUCUUGUAUGUAUGUACAUUUUCAAAAUUUAGGAGAUCAACAUAAAAAAAAACUAAAAUGAAACGAAAAAAAAAGAAUACGAAAAAAAUUCGAUGCUAUCAAAAAAAAUACCAAAACAUUGUCCAAUUGAUAUUUGAAAACCUGAAAUCUUUAAUUUGUAGUCGAAAACAAUGCGAUCGCAAUUAAUACCUAUGUAACACCUAUGUCAUUUAAUUUCAAUUCAACGUUUAUUAUCAUUUUCAACAUCAGCAAGUUUAAGAAUAACAAUAACUGAAGAAGAAAAACACAAUUUUGUUUAAGCAUACAAAAAUAAAAUAAACUAAGUUGAACAGCUA